CCAACUAGCAGUUGGCGAAAGCGGUUGUGCUGGCCAAAUAAUAAAGACAGUAUCAUUAUGUCCGACAACGAUGAUAUCGUAAACCCCAAUGAGCACCUGAUUAUUCCGGAUUGGAUCAAUGAAAAGUAUUUCGAGAGUGUACUGGCCAAGGACGAACCCGAUCAUGUCAAGGUCCUGAAGUUCACGGUAGUGGCGGCGAUUCCGCCGGGCGAAAAUUUCACUUCGACCAUGCUAAGGGUUUAUAUCAAACUGGAAAUGAAAGAUGGUAGUGUCAAGACCAAAACAUACAUUUUCAAGACGAUGCUGCCCGAGGAGCGAGGAGGCAGCGACAUCAACGAGUUUGGCCUCUUUCCCAAGGAGGCAAUGAUGUACAAGACAUACCUUCCUGCAUUCGAAGCCCUAUACAAGGAUGUCGGUUGGGACAUUCAGUUGGCGCCCAAGUGCCUGCACACCGAGGAGCGUGAGGGUGACAUCCAUUUCAUCUUCGAGGAUCUGUGCGUUAAGAGGUUUAAGAACAUGGAUCGCACGAAGGGCCUGGACAUGGAGCACAUGACCAAGUGCCUGCAAAAGCUGGCCGAGUAUCAUGCGGCCAGUGCGGUUUACGAGGAGCUGCAUGGUCCCUAUCCCAGCGAGUUCAGUGAGGGAUUCGUUAAGAAGGAUGUGAAAAAAUUCCACGUCGAUGGGUUCCAGCUGAAGGAGAAGGCCUACAAGAAGGCAAUGCUCUCGUGGGGUUUGAAAGACGCCGAUAAAUAUAUUAAGGCAUUUCCCACUGUUAAGCAAUAUUGGGCGCAAUGUCUUAGUACUUUGGAAUUAAAUCCCGAUGAAUUUCAUGUGCUUAACCACGGCGACUUUUGGUCGAGCAAUCUGAUGAGCAGCUAUCUGCCGGACGGAACUCUCGAGAAGCUGAUACUAAUCGACUUCCAGAUUGUCAUGUGGGGUAGUCCGGCCAUGGACCUGCUUUUCUUUCUCACCCUCUCCCCCACCAACGAUUUGCGCAUCAAGGAGUUCGACCAUUUUGUAAGGAUAUACUGGGAACGUCUGGUCGAGUGCUUGAAGGUUUUGAAGCUGAAAAAGCCCCUGCCAAAACUUCGUGAUCUUCAAAACUCCAUGAACAAUAAGAACCACUCCUUUUAUGCUUUCUUCAGCAUCCUGAACCACCUGCCCAUUAUUCUCUUCCCCACCGACAAGGACAGCAACAUACACAACUUAUCCGCUAAUACGGAGGAAGGAGAAAAUUAUAGACUACGUUUGCUCUCAAAUCCCGCCUUUGGAAACGUUAUGAAGGAUCUGUACCCCUUCUUGUAUAACCGUGGAAUACUGAACUUUGAGGACUACGAUGUCUGAUUUAUUGCCCGGCAAUAAAAUAAUAGGAAGUAC